GGCGGGGGACAGCAUGGUCCCCGAGGGACCGGCGGGGGUCCGCGUGGACGCCGAGGAGCCGAGGGGGGUCAGCACAGUCGCCGAGGGGCCGGCGGGGGUCCGCGUGGACGCCGAGGAGCUGACGGGGGUCAGCACGGUCGCCGAGGGGCCGGCGGGGGACAGCACGGAUGUCGGGGCGCCGGCGGGAGGGGCGUCCAGGGCCGAAGGUGAGCCCCGGGACGGAGGGGACGGCAGCCCCGAGGCCCAGGCCGAGGCGACUGAGGCCGCAGCGGCGGAGAGCGCGGAGUGCAGCCCCGGGGAGCUUGCGGGGGAGCCUCGGGGUGCAGCGGCGGGCGCCGCGGAAGAGACAGGGGACAGGGAGGGAGAGGACUCGGAGGAAGCGGCCCCCGGGGGCGCGAGGGCAGAGGCUGGCGAGUACGCGGACCAGGGUGGGCCCCUGGGGCAGAAAGAGGAGGCAGAGGAGGAGAGGCGAGAGCGGGGUCCGGAGGGGCCAGGCGAGGAGGAGCCCCCCGACGGCAGCGCGGAUGGGGAGGCGGCCCCGCCGACGGAGGCCCGGGAGCCCGAGGCCGAGCUGAGCAACCACCUGGCGGAGGGGGGCAGCACCGAGCGCGGCGACGAGACCGCGCCGGUGAACGGCGGCCAGGAGGACGGCGAGGCGUCCGAGGAGGGGGCCUCGGGGCAGGAGCACGACAUCACCCUCUUCGUGAAGGCUGGUUGUGAUGGUGAGAGUAUUGGAAAUUGCCCAUUUUCUCAGCGUCUCUUUAUGAUUCUCUGGCUAAAGGGCGUUAUAUUUAAUGUGACAACGGUGGACUUGAAAAGGAAACCCGCGGACCUGCAGAACCUGGCUCCCGGCACCAACCCGCCUUUCAUGACUUUUGAUGGUGAGGUCAAGACGGAUGUGAAUAAGAUCGAGGAGUUCCUAGAGGAGAAGUUAGCCCCCCCAAGGUACCCUAAGCUGGGGACCCAACACGCUGAAUCUAACUCUGCUGGAAAUGAUGUGUUUGCCAAGUUCUCAGCAUUUAUAAAAAACACCAAGAAAGAUGCAAAUGAGAUUUAUGAAAGGAACCUCUUAAAGGCCCUGAAGAAGCUGGAUAAUUAUCUAAAUAGUCCUCUGCCUGAUGAAAUAGAUGCCUACAGCACCGAGGAAGUUACGGUUUCUGGAAGGAAGUUCCUGGAUGGGGAUGAACUCACGCUAGCCGACUGUAACCUCUUACCCAAGCUCCACAUUAUUAAGAUCGUGGCCAAGAGAUACAGAGAUUUUGAAUUUCCUUCUGAAAUGACUGGCAUCUGGAGAUACUUGAACAAUGCGUAUGCUAGGGAUGAGUUCAUAAACACGUGUCCAGCCAACCAGGAGAUAGAACACGCAUAUUCGGAUGUUGCAAAAAGGAUGAAGUGAAGUCGGGGUGUUUUCUGUCUCAUCUCAGUCGUAUGAGCUAGACUAUGAAAAGAGUGUGUCCUUUGUGUUUCCCUCCCAAUAACCAUCCUUUGCAAAAUAAUGCCUAUAUUUUAACAGUGCACAGGCCAUAGCGUGAUCCACUCAACACCAAAUGAUACAUAGUCUUGUAAUUUGUCAACUCACUUGUGUAUCUGAAUAAUACCAGUAUCUGUUGUUAUACACACCAAUUAUCCAGUUUAUAUUCAUUUAUGUCUUUAACAUUCUGGGACCUGCAACACAUGCCCUAAAUAUCUGUAAUCCACAAUAUUUAGGGCACGUGUUUUGCAGUUUAAGUUUCAAAGCAAAUAAGGUUCGGUUCAAUUCCGCCUUUAUUUAAAAAAUUGUAUCUGUCUCUGAUAGUUUUUAAUCAUGCAUAGCCUAUUUUUUUCUGCUCUAAAAUAGUAGUUUAAUUUUUUUCGGAACAAAAAUUCUCUUUUUAUAAUUACAAAUUACACGCUUAUUUUAAUACUUUAAAACAAUGUCAGAGGGCAUAAAGAAGAAAGAAAAAAAUCACCUAAACUUUCACUACACUUAGAUAACUGCUGAUAACUUAUUGGUGAACAUCUUCCAAAUCCUCAGACUCUCUCUUUCUCACACACACAUUCACACCGCACAUAAUUUCAUGCCUCUGUGGUAUUGUGUUAGUUUAUUUUCAAGGACUGGUGAGGGGACCCCUUGGUAAUGCCUUGAUGGUCAGCCAUAGAGGACCUAAAACAACAGAUUCAGCAACGCAGAGCUCAAGAGGGCGCUUGUGGCCAAGUUUCACAGGGAUGGAGAACUGUAGGGUCACAGACCCACAGGGACUUGCAGGGACAAGCGGGGACCGGAAGCCGUGGAGGGUCCCCACCUGCCUUGUUCCUGCCUCCGUGAUGCCACUGCCCCUGGUUCCAAGGAGGGCGUGGAGGAGGGUGCCUGUCUGUGUCCCUUCCCAGCUCCCUUUCGGGGGCCUUCUCUUGCUCCCCUCCUCUCACAGAGACCAUGCCUUCAGGAGGACUCCUGACAUCAGCUGUGUGUUGCAGAAUCUCCCUGCCCUGUGUUGAAAUGUGGACCAAGCACACCUUGAUCCCUUCUGAUGGCCGCUCUCUCCAAGACAUAACACUGCGCCUCUUCGGCCAUGAUGCCGUGUAGGGCUAGCCCGGAUCUUGUUGCUUCUCUGCUCUCUCUAGUGUCAUUUCGAGGUCAAGCAAGGAAAAUCCAGAGAGAUUAGAUUCAUGGUGACUCCUCUUGGGCAGUUCUGGCAAAUAGUCAUGCUAGGGAGGGAGUGGAAACUACUGAGUCAAAAGAGUUUCUGGUUCAUCUGUGACUUCCCCUGCCCCAUCCGUGAGCCAGCCCCUCAGGCGCAGCUCCCUGUGGGCUGGGGCCCAGCUCCUAAUCAAGCCUUGGAGGACAGAAUGGGAGGCUGUUUCCAUACUCAUCAAGACUCACUGGGUUUGAGUGUUAUCUGCCAGGCUGUGUCCCUUUGACAUUUGUACACACCUUCCAGAAGACCUGCUUGUCCAGUUGGUGACAGCAUGUGGUUGAUGUUAAAUGCUCGUUAGAAAAAAUAUACAUACACCUGCUCACCGGGUGAUUCAUUUGGAAGAGAGGAAAAUGCAUUAACAGUAACCCUUCUGGGAUUUAGUGAAAGAUGUCUAGUAAGAGAAACAAAGUCUUUGAGAUGGUGGCCACUUUCUCUCCCCUCUUGCUGGAUGCUACGGUUUUACCAGGGGCGGCCGACCCCAGCCCUCCACUUGCUUUGUUAGCCAUGUAUUUUUGGAGGUUGUGUCUAGCAUGUGCCGCCAUGAUUCCUGUUUCACAUCUGUUUAGGAGUCAGAUUAUUAAGAUGAGUUUUACCAUGUUACAUUUAAACUUCGUAAAUGAAUUGACUACCCGAUGUUACUAGUGCAAACUUUGUAUUUUUAGAGGUUAAAGUGAUCUACAUAAACUCCGUGAUGCCUUAACAAUUAAAUGAAUUAUAAAAAUGUUUACAUGG